GCAGGUCCCAGGCUGUCUAUACAUAAGGAGUGUCACAGCUCCAGCACUCAACAAGUGCACAGACACUAGUGGGCAUUUCUGCAUAUCUACCUCUAGGACUGCCUGCCUGAGGAUACCAGCAGCCUCCAGAUAUACUGCUUCCAGAAUCAAGGAUGAAGCUGUUUCUGCUUACUGUCUUGGUGGUCUGUCUAUAUGUGACCGGAAUGGUGUCAUCCCGGAGGUCUCGUACCCGACGUGAGCUGGCACCAGGACUUCACACCCAAGGAAUCAGAGAUGCGGGGGGCUCGUACUGUCAGAGGCAUAAUGCCUGCUGCCCUGGUAGAAAUGAUACCUGCACUGUACCUUACAUGGAUACCAUUUGCUACUGCGAUUUAUUCUGUAACCGGACCGUGUCCGAUUGCUGUCCUGACUUUUGGGGAUAUUGCCUGGGUAUCAGUCCUCCAGCUGGAAUCAUUAAAGUGUGUGAAAAGAAUGGCCAACAGUUUUCAAAAGGCUCAACUUACAGGGAUAACUGCAAUCUAUGCACUUGCCUUGAUAACGGAAAUUGGCACUGCUCAGAAAACCCAUGCCUUAUCAAUUCCAGGAUAAUUGAUGCUAUAAACAGUGGAAAUUAUGGGUGGAGGGCUGGAAAUUAUAGCAAUUUAUGGGGCUUGACAUUGGACCAGGGAGUCCAGUAUCGACUGGGGACCAUCAAACCAUCCUCAUCCAUCAUGAACAUGAAUGAACUACACGUGAACAUGAACAAUGAGGUGCUGCCACUGUACUUCAAUGCCGCAGAUAAGUGGCCCGGAAUGAUCCACGAGCCGCUCGAUCAAGGCAAUUGUGCUGGUUCUUGGGCUUUCUCCACAGCAGCGGUUGCCUCUGACAGAAUUUCCAUUCAGUCAAUGGGCCACAUGACCCCGGCUCUGUCCCCUCAGAAUCUACUUUCCUGUGACACCAGGAACCAGCAUGGCUGCAGAGGGGGACGCGUGGACGGAGCGUGGUGGUAUCUGAGAAGAAGAGGACUGGUGACGGAUGACUGUUAUCCGUUUGCAAGUACGAGUGCCGAUGGACCCCAAUCCCCCUGCAUGAUGCACAGCCGCUCCACGGGAAGAGGAAAGAGACAGGCCACAGCUCACUGCCCCAACCCGCAUUCACUGUCCAACGAGAUUUAUCAGUCCACACCAGCCUACCGACUGGCACCCAGUGAAAAGGAAAUUAUGAAGGAAGUGUUUGAAAAUGGGCCAGUUCAAGCCAUUAUGGAGGUACACGAAGACUUCUUCAUGUAUAAGAGCGGAAUCUAUAGACACACACCUGUGAUGGCGAAUGAGCCACAGAAUCGCCGACGACAUGGCACACACUCUGUGAAAAUUACUGGGUGGGGAGAGGAGAGAGGUGCAGAUGGACAGAUGCGCAAAUACUGGCUGGCUGCCAAUUCGUGGGGUACAGACUGGGGAGAGAGAGGAUAUUUCCGCAUCGCACGUGGUGAAAACGAAUGUGAAAUCGAAGCCUUCGUAGUGGGGGUGUGGGGAAGGGUCAGCAUGGAGGAUGUCUCACACAGAAAAUAAACAGGUUGAUGGACUCUGUAUUUAUCAUAUGAGGCCAUGGGGGAUA